GGGGGGGUAGGGUGGGGGGGCCAAAAAGGGAAACCAGAGGAGCAAUUGGGGAUCCAGGUGUCAGAGAUGAGGGGAUUUGGGGAACCAGGGGAAAGCAACAGGGCUGAGUGAGGGGCGGGGGGCAAGAGCAGGUGCAAGGGGGGCGGUAGUAGCCCCUCGGGGUCACCCCUCUCCUUCCUCCCUCCCCGGAUUUCAGUUCCUUCUCCCCAGCCCUGACUCCUUGAACGUCACUGACAAUGGCAGCUAUCUUGAGGAGUGGGGCCCGCAGGCCUGCCCGCUGUUCAGCGCGCCCUGGGGAGUGGUGAGGGGUACCCCCGCCCCCUACCUGCCUCCCCGCACUAUACUUGAACAUUCAUCUGUACUGAAGUGUUACUUGAACCGGGGGAACCUCGGGCCUGGGGGAGCCAGAGCUUAAGGGGACGGGACCAGCGUGGACUGAGACUGGACUGGUGGACCACCCAGUUCGGACUGGACCACCCCAGGCUCUCUCGCUUUACUGUAUUGAGCAGCUCUACCCCUCCUGACCCUGAGGUGGGGGUGGGGGGUGGUGGGCCAGCCUAGUGAUGGGGAAGAUGGGACUCCUCCAGCUUGGCUCUUCCCACUCUUUCAUCGUCAUGGAACCUUGUAUCCCAUUUGCCCAGGGAACUGCCACUCCUGGUUGCCAUGGAAUUAGCAGCCAAUGGACACCUCCCAAAGCCAGUGCUAAGGCUGGAAAUGGCCCCUCUUUGUUGCCAUGGGAACUUAGUAAAGACUCUUGGCCCUCCCCUGCCCCUUCCUCUGCGGGGGCGGGACUUUGGGAGCCAGGGGUAGGGGCAGGGGCCAGGUCCCGCCCCUCAGCCCGGGUCUCCCUGGGGAACCAGACUGGACCAUGUUGGGGAGGGGGGAAUAUCCACAUACCUCAGGUGGCCAUGGUUGAGGUGCAGCUGGAGAGCAAACACGAAUACCCGCCGGGCCUGCUGGUGGCCUUCAGCGCCUGCACCACCGUGCUGGUGGCUGUGCACCUCUUUGCACUCAUGGUCUCCACCUGUCUGCUGCCUCACAUUGAAGCCGUUAGCAACAUCCACAACCUCAACUCUGUCCACCAGUCUCCACACCAGCGACUCCACCGCUACGUGGAACUGGCCUGGGGCUUCUCCACUGCCUUGGGCACCUUCCUUUUUCUGGCUGAAGUUGUCCUGGUUGGCUGGGUCAAGUUUGUGCCCAUCGGGGCCCCCUUAGGCACAUCAGGCCCAGUGGGACCUGCCUCCCAGCUGCCUGAGACUCUGCCACCAGUGGCCACCUCCCUUAGUCCAGCUUCCAAGCCGUCCUCCGCUUCUGUAGCCCCAUCACAGGCUGAGCCCCCUGAGCCCUGCCCCCCACGGCAAGCAUGUGGCGGUGGUGUGGCCCAUGGACCAGGCUGGCAAGCCGCCAUGGCCUCCACGGCAAUCAUGGUACCUGUAGGGCUAGUGUUUGUGGCCUUUGCCCUGCAUUUCUACCGCUCCUUGGUGGCUCACAAGACCGACCGCCACAAGCAAGAGCUAGAGGAGCUGAAUCGCCUGCAAGGGGAGCUUCAGGCUGUGUGAGGCUGGUGUUAGCCCAAGGCUGAGAGCACUGCCUGCCCCAGGGGUCAGUCAGAGGCCCCGGAUCUACCAACCCCAUUCUGAGGCCCUGCGUGGAGCCACUUCCUGUGGCCACUCUCAGGUAGAGAACAGAUUCCUGCCCUCAGGGUCCUUCGGGCUGGAUCUUGGGGCAGCUCCCACAUUCCCAGGGAUUCUGUCUAGUCUACCCCAUGGGUUUUGGAAGCUCUACUCUACACCCAGGGGGCUGGGAAGAGAAUGAGAGUUAAGUGGAAGGUCCUUGGUCCAAGCUCCUGUGGCAGGUAGAGGGGAGGCAGGGAGACCCUGGUCAGACCUUCGGUGCUCUUAGCCACUUGCCCCCAUACAGAAUGAGAACGUCAGAAGGAUACACGCCCAUCCAGUUGGCCCAGAAGGCAGGCAAUCCUUAUUUUACUUUUGUAGACUGUUUUAUGGUUGGCUUUUUUUUUUUUUUUUAAAGUUUUCCCCCAUCCUCAGAUUUUGAUUUCCACGCUCUCGCUUUGGCAUUUGGGUAGAGAGGGAUUUAGGUGUUUCUCCCCCAGGCACAGGUCCAGCCUUUCCAAGGGAGAGCUUCCCUGUUUGGAGGAGGUUCAAAUGCCUGCCCCACUGCCCUAGACACACACUCAUGCUUCUAUAACUGAUUCCUACUCUCCUGGUCCAGGGCCGGGGGGCCGCGCACCCAGCCUGACUCCCUAGCAAGGAUUGGGGUGAUAAGGGAGAAGGUCCAUUCCAUAGCCCUUAGAAUACAGAACUCUUCUGACACUGAAUUUUUGAUGCACCUAGUUUUGUAUAAUAAAUUGUGUUUUACACAUGUC